AUGCUUGGCAUGUUUAUUGAUGAUGGAAUUAGUGACCAACACCGAUAUAUUUCUGUUUAUUGGGCUAAUUUGCCUGCUUGGCGGCCGGCAGAUGCUUUAAUUACUUUUGGAAUUCUCGGACAAAUAAUUCCGUGUAUUUUAAUUCUUUUUAUAAGAAGAAUUGUAAUUCCAAGCUGUAUUUUUCUGAUUUUUAUGGUUAUUUAUCAUACUAUCCUUUAUGGCCUUCAUUUUGAUCUUCACUUUUUAUCAGUGUAA